CUCAACCUCCCCCCUACACCCCGGCACCGCACUCCUCAUCUCCCUCGCCAACACAUCCCGAAACUCCGCAAACGCCUCCCCCUUCCCCUUCAGAUCCUGAUUGCCCCGCUGCACCAGCUCCACGAACUCGCGCGUGUAGAUAUCCGGGUUCCGCGCCGCGUCCACGUAGUCGAUGAUCUCGGGCGGCAGCUGCACAGAACCCAGAUUCGGGUCUCGGGGGUUGCCGACGGGGAUUUCUGUGUUGGGGUUUGGGUCGGCGGUGUUUUUGUGCAGCGUGGAGAGGGUUUGGGUUAGGGAUUUUAUUUUCCGGACGAGUUCUUGUUGCGUUUCUGGGCCUAGGUAGCCGUGCACUGCGGAUUGGAUUUCGAAGAGGUGUUGGAUUGCUUCUUUUAGGUCGGUGUCGACUUGGCUGAGGGUUAUGGGGGC